GCUAUAAUUCCGGUUACGAGUGAGUGGUUUGAUUGAACUUUUCAAUUUUCUUCCCGCAUUGCGGCACUUCAACAAACCCGAUGGAUAUUGAACGCGUGGAUCAUCUAGCGCAAGCGGAGUCAACCAAAGGGGAUCGCUACAUAGCCUCGCUGGACAUCGGAACCACCACGAUUAGAUGCUUCAUCUAUGCUGCCAAUCGUGACAUCGACAAGCUGGAGAUCGUUGGAACUGCGUACGAGCAGGUUCAACUCGUCUACCCAUCGCCCGGACAAGUGGAGAUCGUUCCCAAUCAACUAUGGGACAGCGUGAUAAAGACGAUUCAAAACGCGAUAGCCGACGCCAAAUUAGCCUGCAAUCAAAUCGACUGCUUAGGCAUAUCAACCCAGCGAAACACGUUUACCUGUUGGAAUCGACUGACUGGCUAUACGUAUCAUAAUUUCAUUACUUGGAAAGACUUGCGCUCAGACAAACUGGUCCAUCAGUGGAACAACAGUUUCAAGCUAAGAUUGCUCAAAUUCGGUGCUCGAUUCCUGCAUUUUUUCACCCGCAGCAAACGCUUCCUGGCCGGAAGCGUUAUCAAACUGAUGAAUCCGCAGGUUACGCUGCGGCUAGCUUGGGUACUGCAAAAUAACGCCGAACUGCAGCGGGACGUGAAGGGAAACAACGUCCUGUACGGAACGGUUGACUCGUGGCUACUGUACCGACUACGGCAGGGUCACGAUCGGUCACGACCCGUCGAACAUAUCAGCGACGUAACGAACUGCACGGCGAGUGGGUUCUACGACCCGUUCGGACAACAGUGGGCCGGCUGGGCGCUGAAUCUGUUUUCGAUUAAGAAAGACAUGCUGCCUAAAGCGGUGGACAAUUCCUACGAUUUUGGCCACGUUCACGAGUCCCUUUUCGGAAGUGCUAUUAAAAUCGGUGCAUCGAUUUCAGAUCAAUCCGCUUCACUAUGGGGAAACUGUUGCUUCGAGAAGGGAGAGGUAAAAAUAACGCUCGGCACGGGAUCAUUCCUGAACGUCAAUACCGGCUCGACGUGCCUGGCGUCGGUACACGGACUGUAUCCGCUCGUGGGAUACAAACUGACACCGGCUGACAAUGGUACCGAAUUGGUGUACCUCAUGGAGGGCGCAUCGAACGACAACGGUUCCAUCAUCGAGUGGGCAAUGAACAUUGGCUUGUUCGCGGAUCCCAGCGAGAGCUCCGGCAUGGCACUGGCCGUUCCGGACUCCGACGGAGUUUCGUUCAUACCAGCUUUCAGUGGUUUAGGGCCACCGAUCCGUGACGAUACCGCCGGCACCGGGUUCAUCGGCAUCAAACCGUCCACCCGGAAGGAGCACCUGGUGCGGGCGAUUCUCGAAAGUCUCACCUAUCGGAUUGCGCUGCUGUACACCUGCGCUCUCGGCGAAACGCACUUCACGUUCACCAGGAUCAAGGUCGACGGCGGAGUCUCGCGGAACGAUUUCAUCUGCCAAACGCUGGCCGACCUGACGGGUCUGCCGGUCGAGCGCGGUGAGGUGACCGAUUCGACCGCACUGGGAGCGAUGUUUUUGGCCGGUUUGAACGUCGGCAUCUGGCACAGCAAGCAAGAACUGAUCAACAUUCGCAGGAUCGAUAGGAUAUUCCAGCCAAACGGCGCCAACCGAAGCCAGUGCAUGAGAAGCAUGCGAUCGUGGGAACGCGCCGUGCAGCGCUUCAAACGGUGGUACAUCGCCGAAGAACUGAACAAUCUAAACUAAGGUUUGUGAUA